UCACUUAUCCCAUCCCAAAAGCCUAUGUGAUGUUAAUGAACUACCGGUAGUCAUGACGGCAUCAUGCAUCCCGUAGAUUUGUUUCUUCCUAUGAUCGCCGACCAAGACGACAUGCCUCUGGGCCGGCUUCGGAAGUUCAAAGUCAUUUUCAAUAUGUCUUGACCACUCCUAAAGUACUUUAUUUAAUGCUCUCAGGCUGCUCUUUUGGUUGACUUGUGCUUCGUAUAGACCCUCACGCCAUAAUCAUGUCAGACCUCAAAGCAACCGUUCGUGAAACCGACGCCGGCUUCCAUGUCGAGGGCUAUGAGAAGAUCGAGUAUGAUUUCACCUUCGUUGAUGGCGUUUUUGACAUCGCCAAUCCUCAGCUGGCCAACUGCUAUCGCAAAUGGGGCAGAGUUCUUGCCGUGACAGACAAGAAUGUCUACGCCCUCUACGGCCAAAAGAUGGAAGAAUACUUUAAACACUUCAAUCUAGAUUUUAAAGUCCAUCAGACUUCCAUUGGGGAGAAAGCGAAGACUAUUGACACGUUCCUUAGUAUUUGCGAUUCGAUGACGGAUUUCGGCAUCAUUCGAAAGGAACCAGUUUUGGUCGUCGGAGGGGGUCUCGUCACCGAUGUUGCUGGAUUCGCAUGCGCCGCAUACCGCCGUAACACGAACUUCAUCAGGGUGCCUACGACGGUGAUAGGUCUCAUUGACGCGAGCGUGAGCAUCAAGGUGGCCGUGAACUACGGUCGCUACAAGAAUCGCUUAGGAGCUUAUCACGCUCCCUUACACACCUUCCUCGACUUCGGCUUCUUGCAGACACUCCCUGUUUCCCAGGUUCGCAAUGGUUUCGCAGAGCUGAUCAAGAUCUCGUCGUGCGCGCAUUUAGAAGUCUUUGACCUGCUCGAUAAAUUCUGUGAGCAGUUGAUUGGCACUCAUUUCGGACGUAUAGAAGGAUCUCCGAGAGACGUUCGCAUGGCUGCGGAUAUCAUCAACCGCGAAGGUAUUUAUGAGAUGCUAAAGCUCGAAUCUCCCAAUCUCCACGAGAUUGGAUUAGAUAGGGUGAUUGCCUACGGCCACACGUGGUCACCACUCCAUGAGCUCAUUCCUGAGACACCUCUGCGCCACGGUCACGCGAUCUCAAUCGAUAUGGCGUUCUCUGCCACUCUUGCGAAUCAAAGAGGACUCCUACCAGAUGGUGAUCACCAUCGCCUCCUAAAGCUUUUCUCAAGAGCUGGCCUAUCUAUCGAUCACCCACAGUUUGAUGAGCAUGUUCUCGACAAAGGCACUGCAGCCAUUCUAAAGACUCGAGAUGGGUCGCUGCGUCUAGCUGUUCCGAGUCCUUUGGGCUCUUGUGCGUUUAUCAAUGACGUUGAUCAUCAAGAAUUGCUAGACGCUCUGCGCAAACACAAGUCAUUAGCUAAGACAUUCUUACGUGAGGGUGCGGGAAUUGAGGCGCAUGUAGAUAGCAGUGACACAGGCUAUACAGACUUGGCAGCAGAGAAUAACGGUGUCUGUGACACUGUGAAGACAGCGGGAAACAAGCCAAUAAUUGCUCAAGACGGAAGCAUUAAGAGCAAGGCGCCUCGGAAUGGUUUGGUAAAUGGGCACGACGGAGAUGCACCCCGAGCAGCUAUUAGUAGCGUGGAGAAUGAGAUCACGGCCCAGGCAUAAUAAUAGAGGAUAGAAAUAUUGCUCGCCACAGUUAAGGCUUGAGCUAAAUAAUGAUUAAGAG